CUCAGAGUCACCCUCCACUCUCCCAGGGAAGGCUCUUCAGCUGACUGAAGCAGGGAAGCCGAGCCAAUCAGAGGCCGCUUUCCUAGCUCUGUCACCAGUCUGUGGUUGAGGAAGGCUUUUGCUUUUUAUGCUCUGUGUUGGGGAGGCAGAUAAGAUGCCAGGUCUGGACUGCCUCUGGGGAUAACCUCUCCCUGUGUGAUGUGAAUGAGUAGCAUCUUGCCUGGUAAAUUCACAGGAAUUGAUAAAGCAGGCACAGCUCUUCCAAAGAGGCCUUUUUCUUUUUUAGCUCUGGCUGUGGUUUCUGCAGCAAUUUUGUUUUUGCCUUAAAAGAGGUGCUGUGGAUUAUCAGCCCUCCAUGUAUGACGAUUUGUACCUGCAUGGAGUUGAAGACUCGGAGGCUGAAGAAUAAUGUGAUGUGUUACCCAAGAUGGUGUGAACAGAGCUUCAAGCCAAUGGAGAAGACUAGGCCUAAAUAGCUGAGCCGGUGGAGUGCCAGAUAAAGCCACACCUGGAGUGCCACAUCCUCAGCAGUCCCUCUCAGUGCCAAUGCAUUUAUGGCUGGUUCAGCGGAUUCCUAUACAAGCAGGCCAUCGGAUUCCGAUGUCUCCCUGGAAGAGGACCGGGAAGCGAUUCGGCAAGAGAGAGAACAGCAAGCAGCUAUCCAGCUUGAGAGAGCAAAGUCCAAACCUGUAGCAUUUGCUGUGAAAACGAAUGUGAGCUACUGCGGUGCCCUGGAUGAGGAUGUGCCUGUUCCCAGCACAGCCAUCUCCUUCGACGCCAAGGACUUUCUUCACAUUAAAGAGAAAUAUAACAAUGAUUGGUGGAUAGGAAGGCUGGUGAAAGAGGGCUGCGAGAUUGGCUUCAUUCCAAGUCCACUGCGGUUGGAGAACAUACGUAUUCAGCAAGAACAGAAAAGAGGCCGAUUCCAUGGCGGGAAAUCCAGUGGAAACUCCUCCUCCAGUCUGGGAGAAAUGGUGUCAGGAACAUUUCGAGCGACCCCCACGACAACAGCGAAACAGAAGCAGAAAGUGACGGAGCACAUUCCUCCUUACGAUGUCGUGCCAUCGAUGCGUCCUGUGGUAUUAGUGGGUCCUUCAUUGAAAGGUUAUGAGGUAACAGACAUGAUGCAGAAAGCACUCUUUGAUUUCCUGAAGCACAGGUUUGAUGGGAGGAUAUCAAUAACAAGAGUAACGGCUGACAUUUCUCUUGCUAAGAGGUCUGUCCUCAACAAUCCCAGCAAGAGAGCAAUAAUUGAACGUUCAAACACCAGAUCCAGCUUAGCGGAAGUACAGAGUGAAAUUGAAAGAAUUUUUGAAUUGGCAAGAUCUUUGCAACUGGUUGUUCUUGAUGCAGACACCAUCAAUCACCCAGCACAGCUUAUAAAGACAUCCUUAGCUCCUAUCAUUGUCCAUGUGAAAGUCUCAUCUCCAAAGGUUUUACAGCGGCUGAUUAAGUCCAGAGGAAAAUCUCAAAGCAAACACUUGAAUGUUCAACUGGUGGCAGCCGAUAAACUGGCCCAGUGCCCGCCUGAAAUGUUUGAUGUUAUAUUAGACGAGAAUCAGCUUGAGGAUGCAUGUGAACAUCUGGGCGAGUACUUGGAGGCAUACUGGCGUGCCACUCACACAAGCAGUAGCACCCCCAUGACCCCACUGCUGGGGCGGAACGUGGGCUCCACAGCCCUUUCACCAUAUCCCACUGCAAUCUCUGGGUUACAGAGUCAGCGAAUGAGGCACAGCAACCAUUCUACAGAGAAUUCUCCCAUUGAAAGACGAAGUCUAAUGACCUCUGAUGAAAAUUACCACAACGAGAGGGCUCGUAAGAGUAGAAACCGCUUGUCUUCCAGCUCCCAGCACAGCAGAGAUCACUACCCUCUGGUGGAAGAAGAUUACCCUGACACAUACCAGGACACUUACAAACCCCAUAGGAACCGAGGCUCACCUGGGGGAUACAGCCAUGACUCCCGACAUAGGCUUUGAGGCUGCCGAAACAAACAAACAAAAAUAC